GGCGAACUCCGGCGAACUCUGGCUACAAAUUGAUUCAUAAGCAACACAGCUCGAAAUAGGAGGUGGAGGCGAUCCCAACCGAGACAAUGAUAUGAAAAUUGUAUCGAAAAAACUCUGGAGAUUCUGAUGAGAAGAAAAAGGACUCAUUUGAGAUUCUGAUACUCCAUGGAAGAAGAAGGUUCUUCUUCGAGUUGUAGAAAUGGCGUCAUUUGAGAUUCUCAGUGAACAUUCUACAAAAUUCAUCUCCUUUCUCCUCUGCUGCAAGCGACCUUUCAAGAUUGUCAAAAAGAACUCAACCAUCAUCACAGUUUACCCACAAGUGCUUAUAAUAGCAGAUUCUUUUGGUCCCAAACUUCAGUUUUUAAAGUCAAGAGGAGCUUCAGCCUCUGAGCUCACUAAGGUUCUCUCAAAAGUUCCUAAGAUAUUGGGAUCCAAAAAGGACAAAGCUUUGAGCACAUACUAUGAUUUUGUCAAAGACAUCAUAGAAGCCGACAAGAGUUACAAGUUCAAGAAGUUGUGCCUUUCUUUUCUUCUGCCACAUGGUUGUCAUCAGGAGAACAAGAUCAUGAACAUUUCAGUCUUGAGAGAACUGGGCAUGCCUCAGAAGUUGUUGUUCUCACUGCUAACAUCCAAAGUCCAGCUUGUAUGUGGGAAAGACAAGUUUGAAGAGUCACUCAAGAAGAGGGCGUUGUUGAUGCCUGGUGGGAGAGGUGAAAGAGGGAAUGCUUCGUUUAAGUCUGGGAUGAAUAAAGUUCCUAGGAUUGCUGAAAAUGGUGAAGAAGAUCCUGAAAUAGUUAAAGAAGCGAGGAAGUUGUUUGAUGAGUUUGAGAAAGGCUCGAUCCCUAGUUUGUUGACGUACAACACGUUGAUCUUUGGGAUGUGUGAGAAGGGAGAUGUGAUUGAGGCGGGGAGGUUAUGGGGCGGUCUCAGCAACUUCAGCCUGAAAGGCAUUCUCAGACGUUCAACGAUUGACCAUCUUCUCACCAAGGUCAAGAUCAGAAGCAGCCUUAGCCUAAGCCUCAGUGCAGACUUUGAAAUCUCGGCUUCGAAUCCCACGCAAUGUUCUGGUGGCUCGAAGCAUUUAACGCUUGUUGGAUCUGAAGAAUCUCUGGAACCUGAUGGAGAUGAAACUGGUUAUAUAAACCAAACUUUGAAUGAAGAAUCGGAUACUAAGAAUGAGCUAGAACCAGUUACCGAGGAUUUUGGCAAUUCCACUUUAGGUUCUUUACCUUCCAAGUCUUCAAGAUGA